AUGGCUCCCCGACAGCCUCCCAGAAAGAAGAUCAAGCUCGAGUGCGAGGAGGAAGAAUCCAAUUAUGAGGCCCUUGUCAAGAGGACAAUGCUCGAGACCAAGCUCGCGCUCAUUGCCGAGAAGGGCGAGCUCAACACGGCUGGGCACGACAGAGAGCUUCUGGACACGGGCGCGUUUUCUGACAUAACUGUGAGAACCGGGGCUGUAAUGGGGUUCAAAAACUGGAAGCUUCACAAGGACAUCCUAAGUGCUCGAUCUCAGUUUUUCAAGGAGGCACUGGCAAAGAAUUGGCCCGUGGACUGGUUUGGACGGAUCGACCUUACGCGUUACACCGAUUACGAGGCAAGGACAGUUCUCCUCUGGAUCUACACACGGACUUUGGUUUCGUUUGGUUUGGAGAUCGAACAGAGGAUUAUCGGUACCCUCGUCGACUGCUACCAAUUGUCCGAUGAUUUUGGCAUGCCCGACAUGGGCCUCGCGUGCACUGCUCGGGCCCGAGCCUGGUUCAAGCCCCACGCAAAAGCUGUUCAGAAGGCCUUCUGCUGUGCUGAGAACAAGUCCUCAUUCCUCAGCCCCGAUGUUCUGGCACCUAUCAAGGCCGCAAUCGACGAGAUCUACAGGAGCAAACACGACACCGUUCAUGACGUGGCCGCCAGCUUCGUCGCAGCUACACACGGGUGGAUCCUGUCCGACGUGGCCUUUCAGCAAGUCUAUUAUGGAGUCCCCAAAUUUCCGGCCGACAUUCUGCGCAAGGUGACCAGCCUGGCGAGCACUGCGUCGUACGUACCCUACGUCGACCUACACAACUGUAGCAACUGCGGACAGGAGCCUGCGUGGGACAAAGAAGGCUAUUACGCUUCCGUGUGCAGUGCAGGCCGUGAGAGAGCUACUGCCAUGUGCAACAAGUGCUCUCGAGGCCCCGAGCUUCUACUUGAGAAGGACUUUAUACAUGGAGAGGGGUAG